AUGGAGCGAGUAGCACUUGUUUCUGGCACGCCGGGCGAGUCCAACAGCAACCCGGUGAUCCAAGCAGACGCUUUGCAGUGCAGCGAGACGGACGGCGCUGUCGACGAGGCGUGGGUCUUGGGCUUCACGCCGAGUGCGGUUAGGCGAGAAGCAGAAGAGCAGAGGCUUGCCACGCGUAGAGUCUUCAGGUUGAAGACCCCAGAAGGUUUGAUCAAGACCUUCAUACGGUGGAAGCCUUUCAGGCGCUCGCCUGGUCUUACUGAUGGAGAGGCGGUUGAAGCAGACUCGGAGUUCAACUCCGCGCAGGUUCUUUCACUGCUCUACCGCUGCGCUUACCAAGCGGUCCUACCCAGGACGAGCGUCGACCUGGCAGAGGAGUUUAGAGACUUGGACCUCUUGUGCCAGAGACAUUCGGUGCUGUCAUUGUCUCUUCACGGUGGAGUUGUGGAAAAGGUUACCGCCCUCCAUGAUCCAUCGAAAAGCCAUCGCCUCUACGAGGUUUGGCCACAAUUGACAGGAGGGUUGGCUCCAAUUCCCAUCGAGAGCAUUGUCACCUACUUCGGCAUCCAUACUGCCGAGUAUUUCGCCUUCCUGCACGAGUACGCGACGUGGCUACUGCUGCCUGCCGUUCUGGGCAUUGCAGUGCAGGUCGCACUGAGCUUCGGACACGACGAGCUCAAUGAGGUCACGGAGCGCCACAUCUCUCAGGCGUUCAUGGUCUUCAUGUCGGUGUGGACGACGGCCUUCAUCGAGCACUGGAAGCGCUGCCGUGCAGGGCUUCACUACCAGUAUGGUGCCAGGCAGGAGGACCGCCAAGCGGAAGCAGAGUGUGAGGCUCCUGCUGCAUACUGCGUUGAGAGCAAGCGUCUAGAGCGGGUGUUCGCUGACUCGCCUCUUCCUGCAGAUUCAGACUCCCAGGUGCCCACCCCAUCGAAGGACCAGGAGCAGGGCUUGGCCGGGCUGCUGAUCUUGUUUCGAUUCCUCCGCACUGUGGUGGCGAUGAGCUGUUUGGCCGCUGCUGUCUCCGGCAUCGUGUAUCUGCUACUCCGACUCGGCGAGGUUGCCGAGCAAGAAUCGGAUAACCUCAUCAUUCAGAAUGCGCCUGUUGUCAUCUACCUGAUCGUGGUGAGCCUGAUGGAGAGGCUCUAUCAGAAGGGGGUGUCAUCCCUUGUGCAGAUGGAGCACCAUGUCUCGUAUGCUGAGCAUUUGAAGUCCCUCAUGUCGAAGACACUCUUCUUCCAGCUGGUCAACUACUUGGGCUGGUUCCUGUACGUUGCCUUCUGUAUUCAAGACUUAGAGUACCUCAGAUCCCAGCUUUUCAUCUUCAUGACGGUGAAGCAGGCGGUUGCAGUCGCACAAGAGGUGCUGCUGCCCGUCCUCUUGCAGCGAUUCCGAAGAUGGCAGGGGAAAACUACCCGAGCUUCCAGCAAGGAACAGGACGCGCCUGCGGCCACACCCAAGACUGGAAGGAGGUGUGCCUCACUACGAAGACUUGGAAGCUGUGCAGUGCUGGGUGACGGCACUUCGUUGGAGCGGGACGUUGGCCGGCAGCUGACCCUAGACAAGACCGACCUCUGUACGGAGUACCAGCAGCUAGUUGUUCUCUUUGCACUCACAAGCUCAUUUGCUAUCGCCUUUCCUUGCGGCCCACUGCUCGCUUUACUGCACAGCUACGUUUCAAGGCGUACAGAUGGGUACAAGUUCCUUAUGGUCAACAUGCUCUCAGCGCCUAGCGCAGCUGACGGGGUCAUCUCCGAUACCUGGGUGGAAGUCUUGGAGGCCCUCUCGGUUAUGUCGGUCAUGUGCAACGUGGCGGUGUUGGCCGUGUCUGGGAGCAGGUGGACCGCACUGUCUCUAGCGGCACUUGAGCACGGGCUGCUGAUCUUCAAGGCUUACCUUGCCUGGAGCGUUCCCGAUCAGCCUGAGUGGAUUCGUCGAGAAGAUGCCGCGUUUCAGGAGCUGUCCAGAUACAACGACAGGCUCAAGGACCAGAAGAAUGAGGCGAAGAAGCUGUGA